AUGUGGAAUGGGGACACGCUUCAAAACUACUUGAGCUUCCUCAAGGUUGAAAUCAAAAGGAAGCGCCAAUCCCUCGGAAUACCUUUUGAAAGCAAAGGAUUGGUCAUUUGCGAUGCAGCCACUGUGCAUAGCACCGGAGUGUAUGACCAGAUCAGAGCCAGAUUUGAGCUCGAGGCGAAUGUCAUCCUCUUGCACGGGGGCCGUUCAUCUCUACAUGACCACGGCAUCCAGAUCGUUGGAGGAUGGGGCGCAUGUGGUGCGCCAAAUGAUGCGUGGCACCAAUUUUUCCACUACAUGCGAAGGGCAUGGAUGCGAAUGGCCACGGGGAUGAGUGCAAGCGUGAAGCUCCGCACUGCGUAUCAAGACAUGGGCAUCUCCAUUGAUGGCAAUUCCCGCUUUACGCUGAGUGUUGAAGGGUCCCUCAUGGCCGACGCGUGGGCACUGCAACAGAUCGGAAACUACAAGAACGGGAAGAUCUUGCUUUGGUCAUGGAUUAGCAGAGGGCUGAUUAGCAUGGAGCAACUAGCAUCCUGGCAUUUCAACCAGAACCUUGAAGAAGCGCAACAGUUCUUGGAGUCAGCCUCUGGCGAACUGCGAAAGCUUGCUGAUUUGGACGAGUUGCCGGAGCCACACGAGCCUGGAGACGCGAGCGGGGUGGCAAAAGCAGAGACCACAGUGAUGUCUGGUGAAGUCACUUCCCUUUGGUCCAUCACUGAUCCAGAGAACCCGCAAGCUGCUCCGAUUGUUUUACCCCAAUGGUUCGUGGGGCCAAUCGACAAGGCGAUUCUGAUCUGGAAACAGGAAUCAGCCAUUUGGAAGCAGCGCAAGGAGAAGCGAUUGGAGCAGGGGCAUGAUCAAUUGACUCCUAAAAUGCAAGAAGCUUAUGAGCAGUGGAUGUCAGACACAGCUAGAAGUAUCAUCCUCAACAAGAAGACGAAAACACAGGUGAAAAAUUUCACCAGCAAAAGUCGACACCAACUGAAAAAGACAUGCCUGCUCCUUGUCAUACAAAUGGCCGAUAAGGCAGAGAACCUCAUGAUUAGCGCUGGCGCUGGGAAGAUAUGGCGCCUGGCUUUGAUACAAGGUCAACUCCCUCCGACUGACGCUGUUCCUGCAGAGGUUGAUCAUUUUAGUGGAGAUCUUCCACAACAGCCCGAGAUGCUGGGAGACGCCGAAUAUGAUGACAAUGCAGCGACUGCAGAAGACGUUGAACUGCAACAAGCUGACCAGAACAUGGUUGGUUGCAGCGAGGAUGAGGGAGAGAAUCUUCACCCCGACAUGGUACAGUAUAUGUUCGUGGACACAGACUCCGACAGUGAGGGUGAAGCAUGCGAUCCAAUUUUUGCCAAAGCCAAGCGUGUUAGAGUCUUGGAGAGUCAGCCAGAAUAUCAGCGCCUCAAAGACCUUGGCCUUGCCACCCGGCCUCAUGGUUGCAGCCUUGGAUGCCACCCAGCAGCUCGUGUUUACCGAGCGCAAAGUGCCUGUUCCGCACAUUUCUCACGAAGUUGGGGUUCCGAUGGCAGAAAUGCGUGGCAGGCGCUUCUUCGCGUGGUGGAGUUGAUGCUUGAGUCCCACAUCAAGGUCAACGCCAGUGACAGGCUGGCCAGGAAGCAGCUGGGCAAGAUCCAGGGUUUGCGAGCAGCUGAGCCGCCUCACAAGGAUUAG